CGGGCCGUAGUGACGUGUCCGCGCGGCGGCCCAGCCGCGACGGGUCAACGGUAGACGAGGGGUGGCAGGGAGGGAGCGCCGGCAGCACCGCGCCGGGCAGCGCCCCGAUAUGUUCAACGUGGAGAGCCUGGAGCGGGCCGAGCUGGGCGAGAGUCUCCUCACUUGGAUCCAGACAUUUAAUGUUGAGGCACCAUGCCAGACUGUGGAAGAUUUAACGAGUGGGGUUGUGAUGGCUCAGGUUCUUCAAAAAAUAGAUCCAGUGUACUUCGAUGAAAACUGGUUAAAUAGGAUCAAAACAGAAGUAGGAGAUAAUUGGAGGUUAAAGGUAAGCAACCUGAAGAAAAUUUUAAAAGGGAUAUUGGAUUACAACCAUGAGAUUCUAGGGCAACAGAUCAAUGACUUCACCCUUCCUGAUGUUAACUUAAUUGGAGAGCAUGCUGAUGCUGCAGAGCUUGGAAGAAUGCUUCAGCUUAUUCUGGGAUGCGCUGUGAAUUGUGAACAGAAGCAAGAGUACAUACAGACCAUAAUGAUGAUGGAAGAAUCGGUUCAACAUAUGGUCAUGGCAGCAAUUCAAGAGUUGAUGAGUAAAGAGUCUCCUGUCUCUGUUGGAGAUGAUGCUUACGUUGACCUUGAUCGACAGCUGAAGAAAACUACAGAAGAAUUGAAUGAAGCACUGUCAACAAAAGAAGAAAUUGCCCAAAGAUGUCAUGAGUUAGAUAUGCAGGUUGCAGCCCUUCAGGAGGAGAAGAGCUGCUUGCUUGCUGAGAACCAGAUUUUGAUGGAACGUUUAAAUCAGUCUGACUCUAUUGAAGAUCCCAACAGCCCUGCUGGUCGUAGGCACUUGCAACUGCAAACACAACUAGAACAACUCCAAGAGGAAACAUUCAGAUUAGAAGCUGCCAAAGAUGACUACAGAAUACGCUGUGAAGAACUGGAGAAGGAAAUUGCUGAAUUGAGACAACAGACAGAAGAGCUUACUACGUUGGCAGAGGAAGCUCAAUCUCUGAAGGAUGAGAUAGAUGUACUGAGGCAUUCUUCUGAUAAAGUAGCCAAGUUAGAAAGCCAAGUGGAAUCUUACAAGAAGAAAUUAGAAGACCUGGGUGAUUUGCGUCGGCAAGUGAAACUCUUAGAAGAAAAGAAUACAGCGUACAUGCAAAAUACUGUAAGCCUGGAAGAGGAGCUGAGGAAGGCCAAUGCAGCACGCAGUCAGCUGGAGACGUAUAAGAGGCAGGCAGUUGAACUACAAAACAGGUUAUCUGAAGAAUCCAAGAAAGCUGAUAAAUUAGAUUAUGAAUGCAAACGGCUGAAAGAAAAAGUAGACAGCCUCCAAAAAGAAAAAGAUAGAUUAAGAACAGAAAGGGAUUCUUUGAAAGAAACUAUUGAAGAGCUCAGGUGUGUACAAGCACAGGAGGGUCAACUCACCACUACAGGAUCCAUGCUCCUAGGAAGACAAGAAUCUUCAGACAGUUUAGCAGCAGAAAUUGUUACUCCUGAAAUAAAGGAAAAACUCAUCCGUCUUCAGCAUGAAAACAAGAUCUUAAAGUUGAACCAGGAAGGUUCUGACAAUGAAAAGAUCGCCUUGUUGCAGAGCCUUCUUGAUGAUGCAGAUUUACGGAAGAAUGAAUUGGAGACAGAGAACAGAUUGGUAAAUCAGAGACUUCUUGAAGUGCAAUCCCAGAUUGAAGAACUACAGAAAUCUUUGCAAGAUCAAGAUUCAGAAGCUGAAGAUUCAGUUCUUCUGAAAAAGAAACUUGAAGAAAAUCUUGUGAAGCUCCAUGAAGCUAAUAAUGAGCUACAGAAGAAACAAGCUAUUAUUGAGGAUUUGGAACCAAGAUGCAAUAACAGUUCACUCAAAAUUGAAGAAUUACAAGAAGCUUUAAGGAAGAAGGAGGAGGAAAUGAAGCAAAUGGAAGAGCGUUACAAAAAGUAUUUGGAAAAGGCUAAAAGUGUCAUCCGUACCUUAGAUCCUAAGCAAAACCAAGGUGCAACUCCUGAGAUUCAGGCUCUGAAAAAUCAGUUGCAGGAACGGGAUAGAAUGUUUCAUUCACUGGAGAAAGAAUAUGAGAAAACAAAAAAUCAAAGAGAAAUGGAGGAGAAGCUUAUUGUUAGUGCCUGGUACAAUAUGGGGAUGACUCUGCAUAAAAAAGCAGCAGAAGACAGGCUGGCAAGUACAGGCUCAGGACAGUCCUUCCUGGCUAGACAAAGGCAAGCCACAAGCACAAGGAGAUCUUACCCUGGUCAUGUCCAGCCAACAAUUGCAAGGUAGAGAAGGCCUAGCCCCUAGAAAGAAAAUUGCCCUGUGAUUCAGGCUAUUUCUAUUGCAAAUUACUACGUUCAAGGAAAAGCAACCAGCAUUUUUUUUCUCUUUUUCCCUUGUUACCACCCUUAUUUUACAGUUCAGGAAAGGAUUUUAUUAUGGUUUCUCAUUGUUCUAUGAAGCCCUUUUCUUAUAUUUUUGGGAGUCCAUCUCUCUCUUUCUCUCUCUGCAUUUUUCUGAAUGUGCCAAAGUUUUGAAAACAUCUAGCUGUACAAUAAUGGAACCUCGUAAGUUUAUAUGAAGCCUGGUCUCUUACAAAAAGCCUCCUAUGGGUUGUCUAGCAGUGUACAUUUCCUGUCACAGUUGAUAUAUUUGUGCCUACAAGAGUUGUCACACUUUACAAGACUGCCUUUGUUUAAAAGGAAUUAGACCCUUAAUAGUGUGCUAACCAGUUGCUUCAAAGAAGACUGAAAACUCGAAACAGAAAUGCAAAAUUAGUAUAUAAUAUUAUUGUAAAAUGUUUGCAUCUGAAAGGCUUAUUGGCAACAGAAAUGACCUUUGCUUUUAUUUUUUUUUUUAAUCUCUUAUAUAUAAAAUUUCUUCUUGUUUUUGGUGUUGAGUAGGGAAGCAGGAAGAUUUAUUUUUUUUUUAAGCUUUUGUUUAUCCACUAGUGUUACCUGUUUGCUGGCAGAACUGAAUAUUUUCAAAUAGCUUGUCCCAUUCUUCUUGAUAAGUUAUAUGCAUAAUACGUAGUAUUAAACAAACUGAAAAAUAUUUGAAGUGCUUUAAUAUGCUACUGCAUCUUCCAUUUUAAAAAAGGCAUUUUUAUUAAAAUUUUACUGUUCUGAUUUACUGUUAUGUACUUGCAGUACAUAAUGGAUCAAGGCCUAAGUUAAUGUUGCUGAUGUUGCUGUAUUUCAGUUGUCAUCCCCUGCUAAGCAACUUGCUUUUAAUAUGUUGAUUCAGGGUAUAAUUGUAUCCGUUGCCUUACUAAUGGUACCAGUGCCUUCAGGUGAGCAUGUUGCUGACUUUGGUGAAAGCUGGCUGUGAUUUGCUGCCUUCUUAGCGUGUAGCUGGUUGAAAGUGUGUUACUCAAUAUUACCUUCAUAUUGAUCAGUCAGGUGGAUGGUGGCUCCUGUGAUUAAUUUAGGCCCUGAUCCUACAAAAUAUUCUUUUUCCUUGAGUGAUUCUGUGCUUUGGCUAUCUUUUUUUUUUUUUUUUUUUUUUUUUUUUUCUCCAAAGAAUGGUCAGACACAAAAAGCCUGAGUAUGAGUGGAAAGUUUCGUGUAGUACAUCUUAUUUUAAACAUUUAUAAUUUAGAGGCUGUUUGUAACCUAGUGCUGCAUGCAGUCUGGUUUCUACAUUUAUUCUUUUAGCUUAUUUUAAUGCCCUUCCGAGUGAAGACAUUUUUCAUAAAUACCCAUACUGCAAUCUAUCAACCAUCUGAAUAACUGUAUUAAUCACAAGAUAGGUGGGAUGGGCAAAGCAUCAUUAAACAAGCACAUUGGAUUAAAGGGCAAGGAACAGGUGAAUGACACUUGUAGGUACUCUUUUAUCCUCAAGUACAUCAUUUGUUUUAAUCUAGGCUAGGAAUGCUUUCAAUAUGUAUCUGAAAAAGCUUCAGUUCUGAUCUUUUUCUACAAUCAUGCCAAAAACAUAGGAAGUUUAUUGUCUGCAUAUAGAUUUGUCUUCUAUGCUUUGCAUUUGGGAAAAAAAUUGAUUUCCUAAAAAUUCUCUUUAUUAGUUCAACAUAAGAAAAAUCUGGGCUAUACUUGUAGGAUAAAGCUGAGACAGAAAAGGUAUGUUCCUGUGUGCAGAAAAUUAAUGAUGUAAAGGCAGUUUAGAACAAUUUCUGUCUUUUUGUGUCUCUUACUGAGAUGCCAGAUGCUAGCAGGACAAAAAAAGUCGUAUGUAAAUCAUGAAAUCAUAGGUAUUACCUACCAAAGUGACCACUAUUUGUGUGAAGACUUACUGAUCUUUUUUUGUGCAAUCCAUUAUAGUCAUUUGAAGAAUUUUUUUCUAUCUUGAACCUUUUACUUGUCUCCUGUGUGAACGGAAGCAAAGUGAGGUUUUUGUCCUUGUUUGAGAGUGCAGCUUUUUAUAUCACAUACAGGAAGAACAAAAAAAAAAAGCUAAAACUCCAUCUUUAUUUUAAUGUUAUCAAACUGCCAAAGCAAACUUGUGAAAGAAAGAAACAUUGUGACCUUAGUGGGAAGUAUUAUCUUAUAAAUUUGUCUAAAGAUUUCAUUUGCUGUUGCUAUUAAUUAGAUGCACACCUAACAUAACUGUAAUCUGUGCACUAGAAUAAAACUACUCGCUUUUAUUAUUUUAACUUCUAUUUUACCACUUUGCCCCCAAAGUUCUGAUGACAGACAGAUGCCUCUGAUGGCUGGGAGAUGGCAGAGCUUCUAACCAGUAUUUGUACUUCAGCUUUUAGUUGUGGCUUCUUUCCUCUCUUCAUGGAUGCUGGCUUAUUUUUCUACUCUCUGGGAAUCUCCUCUUUUUGACUGGGCUUUCCUUUUCCCAUAAAAUAAUAUGUUGAAAAUACAAUGAAGUGUAUAUUCAACAGAACUUGCAUUGAGUAUAAAAAUAUAAGAAAUAUGUUACAAUCCUACAGGUAUUACUUCUAAAGAUAAUCUUUCUAUCCAGUUCCAUUAAGUUACUUGUUUAGUCUUUUGACAGCUGUCAGUGGGAAUUCAAUUCUUUGUUCUUUAGCAUUUUCCUUUUAUUGUCUAUUGCAUACAUUUCUUGAUCGUUGAAUGUGGAUGGUUCUUAAGAAGUAUUGCUGGUUAUGGAGCUUUGGAAGUAGUGUGCUAUUAAAAAAUAAGGGCUCAGAGUGUGACUUGAAGGAGAAAUGCAGAAGAGCUAGCAGUGAAUGCUGUCUAUUCUUCAUAUCAUCAGAGAAAGAAUACAGCCAAAAAGGAAAAAAAAAAAAAAAAUACAAUUUAAAAUGGAGUCAUCCUGAUAUAUAUACUUCUAAGAAACUCCUAGGAAGACUUGUGAUUUGUUUGGAGGCAGCAGACUAUUGACAUCAAAGCUAUAGUGAUAAUUGUUAAAGCAUUAUAAGUUGUCCUGAUAUAUACAGAAGCAAACAACAAAAAAAUCCUGUUUAGUUUCAGGGUGCUCUUCAGGAGAGAGGAUUCUCCAGGACAGUGGUAAAACAGCUGAAGAAUCCUACGAAUAAGAAUACGUUCCAAGAACUGUGCUGAGGAUAUGACAUGGUAGUCUUCUUGGGACAUUUCAGUUAAAUAGAAGGAUAUCAGCUAAAUACACAAAGUUGUUUGCUGUUCAGAGUUGAAGCGUAGUUUCUCGUCUCACAGAAUGUGUGUGCAGUUUGGUUUCUACACUUCAUGUUCAGUUGUUAGCAUAAAUGAGUGGACAUUCAAAAAAAAAAAAAAAGCAUUCAAAUUGCUCAGGUUUCUUACAGCAUCAGUUAGCCACUUGAAUCCUAACGUGUUUUCCAAGAGCAGUGACAGCUGGAGUGAUCUAGUGUAAGGGUUGUGAGUCCCACCCACAGCGCAAGGGGAAACAGAGCGCGCAGCUGUGUGCUUUAUUUAAAUGAAGCAAAUACCAUAUUGGCUACAUGGUGUUUUUCAGUCUCUCUUUGGAAAUAAGCAGAUGGGAAUCGUGUACUAUUCUGAUGUGGGUAGUAACAACUCUGCAAGUGCUUUAUUGCAUUUUAUUCGUGUCAGCAGCACCAUCAGUUUUUUCAUUGCAUAUGAAAGAAUUAACGUUGACAAUUCCUACUGCUGCUUUGAUCAUCUUACUAGUAAAUGCUGUGUGCAGGCUGUCAAGAACAUUUAAGAGGAUUUGUCAAUUUUAAAGUCCUUCAUAUUUUGACAGGUGCAAGUAGCUUUUGCUUUUCCUCAGUUCUCCACUGUAUUAGGCUAUCCACUUCAUAGCUGCCUGGAUGUUUUUUAGUGCAUUUAGUUAUCUUGAUAUGUUGACAUUUUCUAUAGAUACAAUAAUUGGGAAAUAUUUUAAUCUUACCACUUGAUUUUCUUCUGGUUAGUGAUUGACUGAAUACAGUCCUGAAUGUGGCUAUUUUUCUUUUUCCUCUGAUGAAACAAAAAGGUUACUGAAUUUUACUCAUUUUUUAGAGAUAUUUUUUUUUUCCUCUGGACAUUUUGUCAUUUUGCAAGGAUUGAUGAGGGAGCUAUUUUUGCACUCAAAGUCAGAUCUAUACUGCUGACUUCUUGUGGGUUUUUGCACAUGUGUUUUAGAUAGAAUAUGUGGACUCUUGUUUUGCAAUAAUGUGAUGUUGAUAAGCUUUGACAUCUCCAAAACAAGUUUAGCAAAUUUUGCAGGCAUUUUCCUCACCUGUAUUGUGCAAAUAAAUAGCUGAAAGAGGUUCCUUUGACAGGAAGGCUCUGAAGUGAUGUUUUUUCCACCUGGCAAAGCAAGUGGUUGUACUUCAGGGGUAUUGCCUGCAGAAUAGUUUGAAAGCUAGACUGUGAUUGAUAUAUGAUCUCAGGAAAUCUCAUGCUUAUGAGGAAAACCUUUUUGGAAGUCCUCGCUUAGACCAGCAGUAUUAACUGAUUCUGGCAGUGUGAUACACUUAGUGCUCUGUUGAAAUGGAGAGGUGGAUCAUUAUAAAUGUAACAAUUUGAAUGUGAAGAUUGCAUAGGCAUGAAAUUUGGUGAAGCUGUGAGCCACAAAAAAGUGCAUGCAGCCUGGGCACAUCCCCUCCCAAAUAGGAGCAAUCCAACUCUCUUCUGUAUUGGCAAGGGUGUUGCUUUCCUACUUUGUACCUUUCAUCAGGAGAAAGAGCUAGACUGACAACACUGCAUGUGCUGUUGUAGGACCAAGAAAUGGCAAGGGCUGAGACUUACUUGCGCUUGGAAUGACUUCAAGCCAGAUCGUUUAUCUGAGGGCAGGCUGCAGGAAGUUCCCAAGCUGUAUGUAGGAUCCUAGCCGCAUCACAGGCUGGUAACUUUGAAGGAAUUGAGGAAACUCUGUGAUAACUGAUUUUGUUACUUAGUUGCUGUGAUGUUUCUUCGCUCUGGAAGCUCAGACAAAGAGCAGUAGCCUGUUAAUAGCUGUGCAGGCUGUAAGUGAAAGUAGGAGUCCAUUUCCAUGGUUUGAGGGUGAAGGUGGCAGAUGCAAACAACUGUUAAGGACAAAAAUCUGAAGAGCAAGAUGUCUUUCUUAGUUUUGCUUUAUUUUGGUAGUUUAAAAGAGGUGGAACCUGAGCCUUUGUAGCUAGCUGUUCAUUUUUAAAAUUAAUUCUGAAUCACAGUUGAUUUAAGUAUUGGAGGCUUUCCUUAUUUAAGAUAGAAGCUGUGAUUAUCGAACACAGCCACCUCAGACUUCUUUCAUCUGGAAUGGCAAAUUCCUGCAGAUUUUCUUAGCUGACAAUCUUAUUGCAGUGUUUGGAGAUCCUGAUGACUUGUUCUGUUUCCUCUUGACUCUGCUUUAGUGAAUUCACUGAAAUAUUUGGCUACAAAGAUGAUUUUUAAAAUACAUCAGCUCAUUAAAUGAAUCGAUGCAUGAACUCGCUGAUGAAUGUAGAUUGAAAAUGAACGAAUGACUGUAGAUAGAGAAACCAUAGAAAAGUUGACAUAUGAAAUAGUCCCACAGCACAUUGUACCAACCCUUGGCAGUAUAGUCGAGGCAGACACCCAAACAAGUUAUUCUGAUUUGCUAUUUUAUUGUGGGUCAGUAGGAGCUCAUGCUAAAUUCUGUGACAGAAGUCCUUAUCCAGCAGUUGUUAGUGAACGAUUUUUCUAUUGACUUCAUUACAGACCAUGUUCUGAUCUUUACUUUUAGACCUUAGCAAAAUAAUGGGAUUGUCCUGAAGUAAAUCCUGUAUUAGUUGGUUUUGAUGUCAAACCAAGGAUUUCUGUGGGUGCUGUUUGCUGUGUAUAUACAAGAUCAUUUUGAAAACUGCUAGCUUAUCCUUCAGUAGUGCUGUGUGUUGAUUUCAAACUGAAACCUGUUCCUUCUGUCAGAUAAAAUGUUCUCGUUGCUGUUGAAUCUCAGAGAAUGAGCUGUAUUACAUGAAGAACAUUCCUAGAAGAAGGAAAGUUGGGACAGCAUUGCUAGGACAGCUGGGAGAGUGUUUCCUGUUGGUGAAUUUGUUCAUUGCUUCACACUGGAGAGGCUCUUUACUAUCAGAUGAUGUUAGAGCCUCGCAUUUCAGAACGAGCAAAAUGGUUAAUUUAGUCUUCUCAAAAGCAAACAUUUUUCAGCACUUCGAAGGGCUGUUAACUGCUGUAGCAUGGCACAAAUCUGAAAUACUGCAAGAGCAAGUAUUGCCAUUGGUAUAAGGAUUGUUCUCUGAACAAUUGGAAGAAUUGGAAUCACUAAAAAUUAUCUCUAACCUCAAGAGACAGCAAAAUCAACGUAAAGGCCAUUUGUUAGCUUGUUAACAUGCUUGCAUUGUAAGCAUGGUCAUGAAAGAAAAGAAAAUCCCAAAUGGAGUAAUGCAGAGAGAGUUAUACUUGUGAUGAAACCAUUAGACUUUUUGAUUUGGAUUUGAAUAAAGCAUCCCUUAUGUAGUACAGAUUCUAUAAAGCAAAGAUUUUAGUUCUUAGUCAGCAGAGUUAACAAGGAGAACAAAAUUAUUUUUGAGAGUAUCAGUGGUUUUGAGAGAGAUCUUAAAAUUUGUGUUUAACAGUACUGGUAAAAUCUUUGAAUAGUAAUAAACAUGACACUGUAAUGCCACACAUCUUAGAGUUUAUAGGCCACUUUGUAUUCUGUAGUUGUAGAAAUUAUAAAAAUGUGAACAUGUUGCCAUGGCUCUGGAGGAUGGUGUGAUGAGGGACUUUUUAAAAUGUCUAAGGGAAAUAACAUGGAGAAAAUGUAGAAAGAAUACGUGUAGGAAGAAAAAGAAACCUUGGUAGUAGUAACCAGUAAAUAACGUUAAGAAAUCUGCAGAAAGAGAAAUCUGGGGGCAGUUAACUUAAAGUAGGUGCUCAGCAGAAAUAUUUGGGAGGAGUCUGGUGUUAGACCUCAAAGUAAAGGUGCUCUUGGUGCUCUUCCUACUUUGGUGCUUAUACUACAAAAUACUGGUUACAGACAGCGAAUUGGUGAGGAAGCCCAAUUCCCUCUUAAGGCUCCAAAAGUACACUGAAUAGGAAAAACAUGGUUGCUUAGAAAUAAGGUAUGGUGGUUGGGUUUUUUUGGAUUGUAUUUGCUUUGUAUGAGCAGUGUUGUUAGGGAAGCAUGUUGGUAACAUGCCAGAUACAUACCAGAGCUGGCUGGUGGAAAGGGAAAGCUCCUGUCCUUUCUGAGGCUGUAAUGUGCUGGAAUCAUCCCAGUGAGUAGAAGAAACACAGGAUGACAGAGAAGCUAAGGAGGUUGUAAGGUACUGAUUGACUGCUUAUAAUGAAGUACAGCUGAUCAGUUCUCAUGUUGAACACUGGAGGGAAGUGUCCCUCUGAGAAAUAAUCCACCAAGGUAACAGUGAGCCUUCAGUUAUUUGUAACUGGAAUAUUUUGGACUGACAAGAAAAUUAAAAUCACUCCUUUGCAGACAAGUCAUCUGCAAAAUAAUGUCUGGAGACAGUGCAGAGGAAACAACAGGUUAUGUUAAGGGAAUGUACUGUCACGUUUCACAUUUGUCAUCUUCUAGAGUAUUACUGUCUUCACAGGUAGAUUCUGCAAGUAUUGAUUCAUCUUCAGAGGUACUCAAAGACACAAAGAAAUCAACAGGCAGUUAUUAUAGAACAGUCUGAGAACUCUUUGAAAAUGGCACUCAAAGGAAUCAGGGGAUUUGAUGCAUCCCUGAAAGAGAAUUUACUGUCCAAAGUUGAUAAGACCUCUUUAGAAGUGCUGGUGUCCCAAAGAAAAGCCUGUCCUAUCACAUUUAUGUACAACAGGACACCUGAAGCACUGCUGAACAGUAAGUCUGAACAAUAUACAGGAGAUGCUCCAAAAGUAAUGCCUCCUGUUUUUAUGAUGUUGGUCCAUGGCAUCAGAGGCAAACGUUGGUAGUAGAGCAGUAGGGGUGGAUCCUUCCCAUCAGCAUCUCAUUGCAUGUUGCUGCUGUGUGACUGAUGGCAGCAGAGGAGCACUCUGAGACAGUGGUGUCUGAAUGCAGGAGUGUGGGUAAAACAGAGGUGUGUAGCUUAAUUCCUUCAUAUGGAAAAAAUGGCACCCACUGACAUUCAUCCAUACUUGGUGAAUAUUUAUGAAGACCAACUAAAAAAAAGAGUGAUUUGUAGCUGAGAGUGUGCUCUAUCAAUUAGUGUUAUUGUACUCUUUCAAUCUGUUGUCAUUUCUGUGAAAAUAAAUAGGAGGCAUUACUUUUGGAGCAACCCACAUAAAAGGUGAGUUAUAAAAAGUAGAUUGUACUGAUCUAUACAUAGCACAGUAGAUGUAUGCUUAUGUAGGAUGAACUUUUCUUUUUCUAUUGACUUAACUACAGUAACAUUAGUGUAGUUAAUCCUGAACUCUGUAACUUCCUGCACUCAGCCAAGCAGUGCACAGCUAGUGUAACUGCACAUCUCAAGCAGACAGUAAUCACUCCAAUAUACACUCAAGGUCUGCUUUGAGUGUGCUCUUUUAAAGAUUUUCUAUUUUUGUUCCAUUUGAUUUCUGUAUGUAUCUUUCUGUUUGUUUUUCAACUACAGUGAGUGUUCUGGGCUGGUGGAUGAGAAGGAAAAAAAAAAAGACAAAUUUACAGGCUGCAGAACCUGUAGCUGAAGGGUGGGGUUGUUUUUUUGUUAUUUUUCAGUAAGUCCUUGCAUUUAGCUAUGAAUAUUCCUCAGUCUGGGUUUUCCUGUCACAGGAACUGUCCUAAACCAUGCUUGAUCCCAUGCAGUUCUAGAGUGGAAGAAGAAAGGAAAGUAACAGUUUGCACAGCAUGAUUUCAGUUUGGUGGAGAUACUUUUCUUUUUCUUAUCACCACAAGUGAAAAUGAGAAGGGGCAGUUAGUUAGUGCUGUGCCACGCUGUGUUACGGGGGGAUCCGAGAGCACUGGAGCCAUUUGGUGAAAUUAUCCCACCUCUCCAGUUCAGUUGCCAUGAGGAAGAGCUGUCAGCAAAGAUAGAGCAAUGUGCCAACCUGUCUGGUUGUUCUCCAGGCUUAGCUUCAUUAACACAGUACUAUGAUGUGUCCUUAGUGCUGCUCAACGGCACCUACUCUGUGUAUUUUUUAAGAAGAAUACCUGCCAUAUUCUUGUUAUUAAAACCUAGUUUUGCAUGCAAUUAUUGGAACUUGCCAGGGUAGGAUGGCACUGAUGCUGUUUGAUCAUCGUGCACAGGAUUAGCUUUAAUAAACAUUUAAAGUAUUCAUUGGCGUUCAGAGAUGGAAGGCCCAGGCAGAGCCAUUCUGACCCUGAUCGCGCUUUAGUAUAUGGCUGGGCACGGCAUCGGACAGGCAACUUUCUCUUCAUACUGUGUUGUGUUUUUUCAACUAGUUACAAGCAGCAGGAAUGCCAGAAGAGCCUCCUUGGUUUCCAUAGCUGUGUUAGUUCAGAAUGGUGCCCUGCAGGACGUUAUGCAGAAAGGUCUAAAUUUUACUGAACAAUGUCUGAAUUUAGGUUUUGCUCAAAGCUAUUUCGUCUCCCUUUAGAAUUUUGACAUAUAAUCUUCCUGUUAAUAUAAGAGUUGCUCUGGCAAAGAUGUUUGCCCCAUGAAUUUGCACAGCUGUAAGGAGAGGCAGCCUUACUGAGCUACUUUGCAAAUGCCUGUACUGUUCUCUGUUGUCUUUUUUUUUUUUAAUGAUGAUGUUAUCUGCUUUUUAACUUUUCUUCUUUAUUCUUUUAUUUGCAGUGAUGUGGUUGCAUGACCUGCAGCAUUAUUAUAACAGGGACUGUGCAGUGCAUUACUUGCUUUUCUGUCCAGACUGCAUAACCAAAACUUAACCAGUUCUACACUUACGGGCAUCUGAUUUCAAAGGGAGAUCUACUUGCAGAGAAGCUUGCCAUCCUGGGAAGUGGCUUUCCCAUUUUCCGCUUCCAUUUACUCUUUCUCUUCACAAAAAGUCUCCUAUGGGGCUAAAAGAGCAGAAAUCCAGUAUUCAGAACUCUACAGGAGGCGUUCUGCAAACUGACAGAGCACUGUCUGCUCUACAUUUACUUCUGUCUGUCCAUUUAAUUCUGAUCGAUUAACAGCAUUAACACACAGACUUCCUGCAACAUUUGCAUAUUCUGAACUAGAAAAAUCUGGUCUUAACGAGUUCUUAAAAAUGCCUUUUGGUGACUCUUAAAACUUCAAAGCACCUGCACCCUUAAAGGAUAUACCUUGAAUCUUUAAAUAAGUUAAAAAUGAAGUCAAGGAGGUGUGUUACUAGGAGGAGCGGCUGCCUGGCCAGCCCAUCUUUCUUAGGAAGCCGAGCAAGGUUCUGCAGAUAAACUCUGGGACAGGCAAACGACUGUGCAGUCCUUUGUUCACAGACACUGCCUGCUUCCUUACUAUGUACAUACGCAGUAGAUUAUGGCUGUUGUAUUUUUCUCUAUAUAUUUUAGCUGUGUCGUCUCUUUCUUUCAGAAACUUUUUCCUUCCACUCUGUGUACAAUUGUUAAACAAUCCAAGGAAAGUACGCGAAUGGGGAUAAACGUGAAAGCUGGCCACACUUUCAGUAUUAUGCAGAUUGUCCUUGACAGUUUAUAAUUUGGGUUGUUUAUAUUUUCCCUGUACUAUUUCUUUUUUCUCUCAUUAUUGCAGUCUUAGCUAUUUCAUUUCCAGUUGCACUAGUUUGGCUGUUCCUUUGUAUUACGAAGUUUAGCUAUAAGAUUUUUGCAAUAUUUAGACAGUAUAACUCAAAAUGCUUCGUGCUGCCUUUACUAAUUUUUAAAAGCUGCUUAUUUAAUAUUUUUAAAUAUCUGCACAUUUGUACUACUGUAUCUUUGUUCCGUGCUGGAUGCCCAGUACUGGCAAGAUCCAGAAGGCAAGGGAGUACUGUUGUGGUGUAAGUUAGGGUGUUUGUUGUGUAGCAGUUAGCAUGUAACAGGUCGGAGGAGGCCAUAGGGCCCUCCACAACAUCCAAAAUGAAUCCGAACGAAGAAAACCAUAAGUUUGUUCGGUUGAAGUCCAGUUCUUGAGAAACCCCAUUCUUGCUCACUUGGAUCUUAAUCCUGCAAAAAUAUAUGCAUGAGCUUACUCCAGGAGUAGUUUUGCUUGUUGUUCAGGCAGUAGUGUAUCAGUGAGCCCUGUUUUCCACCAGAGCACCCUAUAUUGGAGACACGGUGCGCCCGUCGCUCCCUGCAGGCACCUGGGGCCUUGAAAGGCUGCGCCCUCGCGUUGGGACACCAGAGGUGCUCAGCCCUCACUGACCCCUGUGCUGGGACACCAGAGGUGCUCGGCCCUCAGGCACUGUGCCUGCUGCAGCAGAGAGCUGGAGAACAGGAGGAGCCCGUCCCCGUGCCACCUCAGCAGGGGAGGGCAGGUUGGGCUGCAGCAGGACCUGCAGGAGUCAGAGGGCCAGUGUGAGGAUCCCAGCGAGAAGCGUGUGCUGGGUUCCCUUCUGGACACCGAGCCAGACACCAUAGCAGACAGGGAGCCUGCGGCUGACAGCAGCCCGUCAGGACUCCCACAUGGGGAUAUGUCUUUCCGGGUCCACGGGACCUGGGGCAGUGACGUCUGAUGUGAGCUGCAGGACAGAUCAGGGCCGUGACGUGUCACACGUUCCUGCAGCAGUGCCAGCAGCACUUCCAUCGGACUGAGCCUAGCAGAGCUAAAGGGUUUUCAUCUCUCCAGGUCCUAGCCAUCGAUCCCUCGCUCUGUGUCAGGGCAAGCUUUAUAGAAAAACCUCCUUUCUGUUGUGUGUGAGGCAUAGUUUGUUUCCCAUUGCCAGCACGGCUUCAGCUGGGAGCACCCUUCUCCAGGCCGAGCUGGGUGCGGGCCCGGGGUGGCCCUGUACAGGGUGUGCGGGGAUAGCUGUUUGUCACACCUGCCUGCAAGGGCAUCCCAAGCUGAAGCUGAGCUGUACCUCAUUUCUCCAUGUGGUCUGUGCAGUUAGAAACUACAUAUCAGUUGUUCUUGAGCCUGAAGACAUUUAUAUGUAAUUGUGUUUAGCUUGACAAAGCGUGUUUGAGUUCACUGAAGCGGCGGCAAAGUGCCACGUCUCUGCGUGACCUCCAGCAUGUCUCUGGUGUACUAACUUCAUUUAUGCUGCGUAGAAACUCUUCUACUUCCUUCAUAGCAGCUUGUUUGACAGUCCCAAAUUAAGUGUUGACCAAUUAUCAAAGUAACUGUUUGUGAAGUUGACAGUGAUAUAUUUUCUGUAAAGUAUUGGAUUUAUAGAGUGUCAAAACAUAAAUUUCCCAUUUCUGUUCAUCUAUGAGUUGUGUAACUACCAGAUUGUCAUGGUAGCAGUAUUAAUAUACAAAUCUGUACAUAGACAAAAAAAUACUCGGUAAUGGUCAUUAGAAUCAAAAGGUUUAAUAUUUUUUCCCAGUCAAAUACACUAAUGCUUCCAAGGGUACAGAAGAGUGUACAGUUGUUAAACAAGUUGUAAAUAAAGGCUUAUAUAAAACAAAAGUGCUUGUUUUGCCUUUCUUUGGUACUGAAUUACUGAAACAGACACAACACACGGUUCUUGAUCAAGUUUCCAGUUGGAGCCUGAAGUGCCGUUUGCAGUAAGCGAUGAUGGGUGCUGGUAGCAGCCUUUAUACUCAGUCACUGCUUAGCACAGACCUCAGCAGAGUGGGAAGAAUGCGGAUAAUGUGAGCCUUGCCUUUGAAGAACACUUACUUACAGUCAGCCACUGCAGAACAAACUACCUGCAUGCUUUGCUUCUGGAAAGACCGAGGCUGACCUGUGAAAGUAACAGAACUUAGUCUUGCUAAUGGAAGUUUAGCUCUAGAGGUAACAAAGCAUGAAAAAACCGCUCUGCUGAUAUGGAUGGGAACAAUUAUCCUUCCUUUCUGCACUAAUAAGUGGCUUUGCUCUUCGGGGUGGGAGGGCUGAAGGAGGGAUCAGGCAGGCGGUGUUAGCUGUGAGUGAAUAUUGCUUAUGAGAAGACAACAGCUAGUGAGCGAGAUGGGGCCCGUAUGCGUGUCAUGUGUGAUACUGGGGUGUGCAGAGACCCUGAAGCCUCCUGCAACAGCAACAAGCUGGUCCUUGCACUACAGCAACGGAGAAACACCCCUGGUGAGGGCAGGGGCAAUGGAUGAAGGGCCAGACACAGGGAAGAGGAGACAGGCCCCCAAAGUGGAGUCCAGCUCUCCUGAGCCUCAAGCAGUGUGAGCUGGAGGCAGAGAGCUGUCAGAGUCUCAUCAUGAGCUGGGCUGUCAGCAGAGGUGCUGCGUGUGGCCACUGUAGGGCUCCUUGGGGAUGUAAAGGUCAAAGGCAGCCUUGGUUGUAGUGAUCAUGAAGUGGUGGAGUUCAUGAUCCUUUAGGGGGUGAGGAGAGUGCACAGAAAGCUCGCAGCCCAGGACCUGGCUUUUCAAGGAGUUUCUUGGUAAAGUGAUGUGGGAUGAAGCCUUGGAGGAAUGAGAGGAACAAUAAUGUUAUCAGUAAUCAAGGUCAUCUCCUCUAAGAGCACUGCAUCCCCAGGAGAAGGGAAAAAUGUCAGGUCUGCAUGGAUAAGCAAGGAGCAUGUGGCCAGACUCAGACAUAAGAAAGAAGUACCCAGGGUGUGGAAGUAAGGACAGGUAAGAUGGGAGGAGCACAGAGCAUCCAGGGCUGCAGUUAGGAAAGCUAAAACCCAUCUGGAGUUGAAUCUAACAAGGGAAGGCAAGAAGAGCUUGUCACAGUACGUCUGUUACAGAAGGUAAACUGAGGAAGACAUGAGCCCAUUGCUGAAGCAGAGCCUUCUCACACAGGGAGAAAGUUACUUUCUUCGCCUCAGUCUUUAGCAGCAAGACUGACCCUCAGGAAUUCUUGGUCCCAGAGGCCAGUCUGAAGGGCUGGAGCAAGAAGGAUGCAUCUUUGCUGUAAGAGGAUCAGGUCAGCUGAGCAAACUGUACGGUGGGCCCUGAUGGGUGUGCCUACAAGUGCUGAGGGAGCAGGCGGAUGUGACUGCAAAGCCACAGUAGAUAAUAUUUGCUUGACCAUGGCACCUGGCUGGGGGUGUAAGACCUUUAGUGAAAGCCCAAGCCAGCAGCUACAGUUUUCUUUUACAUUUCUCCUUUUGCAUUUCCCCAACAGCCUUUGAGGACAGAACAGUUGGAGUCAGCUCCACAUCCUAUUUAUGUGGGUGAAGCGAGGCUCAGAUGGGCCAGGGUAAAGGACAGGAGAGGAAGUGAAACAGAAAAAGCUCUUGAUUAAAGCAGAUCACAGGAGUUUAAAACACAUCCUGAUUAGAAGAUGGUGGAAUUCCAAAUUGCCAGUGGACACUCAGCUUGCUGACUUGCUUCCCUUGCACCAUCAAAUAAGCCUAUGUAUCUCAGCUGCUAUUUUGGUAAUGAAAACGUGCCUUCCACCUGCCCCAAACGCACUCAUUUGCAGUCUUGCUUGCUCCGGACCAACAUCUGGCUGAACUGCUUCCUUGCCAGCAGUGUGAGGAAUGCUGUGUGCCACUGCUCAAGGCACAACUCAGCUGAUGAUGGGCCCAGCAAAGCGCUGUUGCCCAGAUGUGAAGCUGCACAUUCAAAACCUUUGUAAGCACUUCCACCAGUUUUAUAGAAUGGUUUGGGCUGGAAGGGGCCCCAGAGAUCAUCAGGUUCCAGCCCCCCAGCUGCAGGCAGGGUUGCCAACCACUAGAUCAGGUACUAGGUCAGGUUGCCCAGGGCCCCAUCCAACCUGGCCUUAAAAGCCUCCAGGGAUGAGGCAUCCACCUCUCUGGGCAGCCUGUUGCAGCACCUUGCCAUCUUGAGUGAAAACUUCCCUGUCUAUCUAAAUCUUACCUCCUUUAGUUUAAAAUCAUUCCUCUUUGUCCUAUCACUAUGAAUGCAUGUAAAAAAAAUUCAUUUCCCUCAUGUUUAUAAAUCUCUUUUUAAAUACUGGAAUGCUGCAAUGAGGUCUCCCCACAACCUUCUCCAGGCUGGACAAGACCAGCUCCCUCAACCUGUCUUCAGAGGGGAGGCUGCAGCCCUCUGAGCAUCUUCAUGGCCUUCUUUGCACCGCCUUCAAGAGCUCCAUAGCUUUCCCAUACGUGGAUGAAGUACUCCAAGUGGGGCCUCACAAAGGCAGAGAGGGACAAUCCCCUCCCUCUCCCUGCUGCCACCCCUCUGCUGAUGCAGCCCGGGACACUGUUGGCCUUCUGGUCUGCAAGCACACACUGCUGGCUGAUGUCAGUUUCAGACUCCCAAGUCCUUGGCAAGGCUGCUCCCAAGGAGCUCCCCCCGUUCGUGCUCAUCCCUGGCAUUGCCUCAGCCCAAGUGCAGCACCUUGCACUUGGCCUUGUUUAAUUACAUCUGGGUCCCUCUGGAUGGCAUCCCUUUCUUCUACUGUAUCUGUAUCUGUAUAGCUCAGCAUGGAGCCAUCAGCAAACUGCUGAGGGUGCGCUCAAUCCCACGUCAUUGAUACAAACGCUGAAGCGCACUGGUGCCAAGACAGAGCCCUGCGGAAACCACUCAUCACCAGCCUCCACCUGGACGUCGAGCUACCCACACAACGCUCUGGCUGCAGCCUUCCAACCAAUUCCCCACCCUUCAAGCGCAUCUCUUUGCCAUUUAAAGAGUCCGUGAAUAAUAGUGAUGGAUGAACACACAGGCUCCACUGAACUCCAAGCGUUCUCCUUGGCCUGAGAUGGCAGGAGGUGGUUGACUGUUUUCUUUUAACCCACUGGUUAUGGGCCUUGCCUAGGCAUACCUUAAACUGCUGGUCUCCAUCUGCUCUGCUUCUGAGCACAGACAAUAUUGGUUUACACCCCCUAAGUGGAGUCCAGAAAUGAUGCUCAUGUUAAGAGAGCAGCCACACAUGCAGUCAGGGCUCACGCUGAGGAGAGUCUGCUCUACGCAAACUUUUUUCUUAUGCAAAGUUGGAUCCACCUACCUGUGGGGAGGUUGGGAUUGCAGCCCUCUUCAUCUGCCACAGUGUGCGAGUUGCUAACUGCAUGCACAUGAAUUGCCCAGCACUUCUACAUGACCUCGUAUACAGCCACAGUGGACAGUUCAGAAAAUUCUGGAGCAAAACUGUGCAUAACACAUCAACAACAAAGAAAAUCAAGCAAGCAACAGUCUUGAAAAUGCUUUAUUGAACCGUGUGUCUUACUGUAAUGUGCAGAAGAUGUGGUUGUAAAGACUACAGCUUGAAAAUCUUUUGAAAAUCCUCAACAAUCAAUCAAAAAAAAAAAAAAAAAAAAAAAAAUCCCUAGUUGGGGUAACCUUAGGGAUAACCAGAGGGCUUAGGUGAAGUUCUCCUCCAAACAUUUUCUGUUGCAGAGACUAAAAGAAAACAAAGCUAGUACUGCUCGAGGGGGAAACAGUCAGGAUUUGAGGAUUUAAAAAAAAGAAGAUGAACUUGAAGUCAGUACACAGGGUCACUUCUUUUGCUGCAGUUAUUUUGGAUUAGCAUACACGUCACAGUUGUGCUGGGAACACCACCCGGCGUUCAUGUCUGUAAGUUUACUCUAAUGCUAGCAGUGCUGCAGAGAUGGAUGGACAGAGAAAGAGAGCGGGGGGAGGUGAAAAAGGCUGGGAAGACAUUAUGAGAUAAGCCUAUGGUUUCUUUGUUAUUUUUGUUUGUUUUUUUUUUUUAAUAUCUGAAGCUGUGUGCACUUCUGUUUUUAUAAUCUAACUUUACAUUUAGAAAAACAGAACAAAACAAAAGAGGAAAGAAAGCCAAAACCAAACACUCUUUCUGUCCCUGCCUUGGGGCUGUUAUGGAUGCACAGAACACUGCACUUUUUGUUUAGACCAGGAAGGCUAGCAGUAUAGGCAUAGAGGUGGCACAAUUCCACUAAAAGGCUUUUAAAACUUUUUUUUUUUUUUUUUUUUUUUUUUUUUUU